GGGCUCGCAGCAGUCUCGGGCGUGGGCGGGCGCGGAGCCGCCGCCUCUCGCGGGUUCCGUUAGGUGGUGCGUGUGGCUGUUCGCCGGCAAUCGUGCWGUGAGAGCCUCCGACGAUGGAUGCCAAAAAGAAAAUCACAGCGCCUCUUGUGUAUGCUGUUUGCAUUGCUGCCAUUGGAUCUCUCCAGUUUGGGUACAACACUGGUGUAAUUAAUGCUCCUGAGAAGAUCAUUCGGAAGUUUUUCAACCAAACGCUUUCAGAUAGGAGUGGGAGGGCUGCUUCUCCAGAGCUCCUCACCUCUCUAUGGUCGCUUUCAGUGGCCAUCUUCUCAGUAGGAGGCAUGAUUGGCUCCUUCUCAGUCAGUCUGUUUGUCAACAGAUUUGGCAGGAGGAACUCCAUGCUGCUGGUGAAUGUCUUGGCCUUUGCUGGUGGCCUUCUCAUGGCCUUCUCRAAGGCGGCAAAGUCAGUGGAGAUGUUCAUUAUUGGCCGCUUCAUUAUCGGUGUCUUCUGCGGUCUCUGCACCGGCUUUGUGCCCAUGUACAUCAGUGAGGUCUCACCCACCAGUGUCCGCGGAGCCUUCGGCACCCUCAACCAGCUGGGCAUCGUCGUGGGCAUCCUGGUGGCUCAGAUCUUUGGACUGGAGUCAAUCAUGGGCACGGAAGGCCUUUGGCCAAUGCUUUUGGGGUUCACGAUCCUCCCAGCAAUCCUGCAGUGUGUGGGYCUUCUGUUCUGUCCCGAGAGCCCCCGAUUCCUAUUGAUCAAUAAGAUGGAGGAGGAAAAAGCCCAAGCAGUUCUGCAGAAGCUCCGUGGUGAUCCAAAUGUGUCUCAGGACAUCCAGGAGAUGAAAGACGAAAGUGCUAAAAUGUCCCAGGAAAAGAAAGCUACUGUGCCAGAGCUCUUCCGUUCUCCAAACUACCGGCAAGCCAUUAUCAUUGCCAUCAUACUGCAGCUCUCCCAGCAGCUCUCGGGCAUCAAUGCUGUGUUCUAUUAUUCCACGGGGAUUUUUGAAAGAGCUGGCAUCACGCAGCCUGUCUACGCCACCAUUGGAGCCGGUGURGUGAACACAGUCUUCACUGUGGUAUCGCUGUUCCUGGUGGAGCGUGCAGGGCGCCGGACCCUCCAUUUAAUUGGAUUGGGUGGCAUGGCUGUGUGUGCUGCUAUUAUGACUAUUGCUUUAGCUCUAAAGGACACUGUGGUAUGGAUCAGAUACAUCAGCAUUGUUGCCACUUUUGGCUUUGUYGCUCUUUUUGAGAUUGGCCCUGGCCCUAUCCCGUGGUUCAUUGUGGCAGAGCUCUUCAGCCAAGGCCCACGACCUGCAGCUGUGGCAGUGGCUGGCUGUUCCAACUGGACCUCCAAUUUCCUGGUGGGAAUGCUCUUCCCCUAUGCAGAGAAAUUAUGUGGCUCCUAUGUCUUCCUCAUCUUCCUUUUUUUCCUGGUCAUCUUCUUUGUCUUCACGUACUUCAAAGUGCCAGAGACCAGAGGCAGGACUUUUGAAGACAUCUCCAAGGGCUUUGAAGAACGAGGAGCGAGCCCCACGUCACCCCAGAAGAGCUCCUCGGUAGAGCUGAACAGCAUACAGGCUGACAAAGAAGCUGCCUAAGAUCCACGGCACACCCAUUUUUCAACUCUUACAUGCUUAAAGAGUCAUUAAAGGAAUGAGUAAAGAAAACCUUGAGAACUGGGACAUUUUUCCCCUCCUCAAUUGCUGCUAUUUUCUUCUUUUCACCCACAAGCUCAUCCAUUYUGCCAGGCCUGCCAGCAUUAAGCAAACCUGGUAUGGAUGAUUCCAUACUGGAAAGCACCUGGCACUCGCAAAAAUAAUCUCAUCUUCCCUGCCACAAACAUCAGGAGAACAGAGAAGAKCUGGCGAUAUUUUUACUUUUCUCACGUAAAAUUGCCAUUUGGGGUUAACAUACUUAUGCACACAGUGACCAUUAUGUAUUUGGAUCUAAUUACUAUUUUUGUAGUGAGUUGAAGUGACCCACUAAACAAGUCCCCAGCCCCUUGAGUCUACUUUGUGUGCGUGUGUACAGUGUUACACUGGGAUUUGGCAAGCUUACCAAAAAGCCAUCUUGCUUUUUCCUAUCCAGUGUGCACUUUUUUUUAGCCUCAGGAAAAAGGGGACCAAGUCACAUGCAUAUUUUUUCCUGCUCUUUUAUUUUUUGUAUAGACAGACUGAAAGCAUACUUUUACUUCAGUUUAUUUAUUUCUAUGUCACUUUGUAAAUAUUUAUUUUUUUAAUGGUGUACAAAAAUGUACAGAUAAAGAAAUCRGACAAGUUUAAGAGAAAUAGCUAUUCUAACAAAAGAUGCUGUAGACUUGAGGUGCAAUAAGACUGUAAAGGAGAAAUGUGGUACUGAAAAGGAGAUUCAUCAUUUUAGAUGGUAUGUACAUCAGAGCCAAUUAUGCACAUCACCUUCAAGUAAUUUGUGCCCUCUUGGAAGAAAUACAAAGAAUUGUGUACUUGUGGGAAGAGGUACGUUUCUGCCCUAAAAUCUCUGUUAUUAGGGAUUUUUGGUGACUAUUUUAAAGAAUUGUUCUCAAGUGUUGAUGAGAGUGAUAUUGGAGCUUACAGUGGGUGUUAUUGGAUUAUAUUUUCAGACGUGGUUUUAAGUAUUCUAUGGAUGAUUGAGGGUGGUGAUUGCAAACCAGAAGGUAAUUUUUCCUGCCUUCUCUUAAUUUCUUUCUUUUUCGGCUUCUCUGUUGUAGUCUAGUACGUCAUAAAGUCUGAAAUUUGCAGAUUGUCAGUUGAAAGAGCGCAAGGAUAAAAAUUAUUUUUCGAAGCUGUAUUUUCUUAGCAAUUGUUCCUAUAAAUAUUACAGAGGCAUGUAGCAUGACCCUUGUGGACACAGGCAUGGUCAGUUGUGGUACAUGUAAGUUCAUAAGGGUAGAGAUGCAGGAGUGGACACCAGAGCUACUGCAGUUUGCUAAUAUAGCAGCACAAACGGUCUGUAGUGUUCAGUCCCCUGCUUGGUCACGGGUCAGAUGGUUUUUUUUUUGCCCCAUGUAUCCUCUCUGGAAGAUGUGCAUGAUGUUGUGGUGCUCACCAGUGUGCUGUGUAGAUGUGUGCAGCUCUGUACUAGUGCCUCUGUUCAAGGGAURUGGCAGGCAGUAAGUGUGCAUCAGUAAAUGUCGGUCUCCUCGCUUGUCAUUCUGCUGGGCAAUUGAGUUUGUGUAUCCCCCACCCUUGCUGAGCUGGCACASCUCAGCUCAGGCAGGCCAAAAGUAGCACGUAAGGUACUCUUGCAGUCAAGGAGGGGCAGCUUUAAUUCACUGUAGUGCUCUGUGACAGGCUCCGUGCCUGUGCAUGCCUGCACCAAAUAUCUAAAGGCACAGAGACUACAAUUUAAGCUCCUGCUAUUCUGAGAUCAAGUCUGCAGUUUUUGGACUUGGUCAAACUCAGGUCUACCUGCUGGAAUUCAUUACUGGAUAGCCUGAAGACAGGCAGGCACACAGAUUGUGAGACAUUAAAARGAGGAAGGGCGUAGAAAAGGUUGGAAUGACAGCAAGACUUCUGUAGUGUGGAUGGCCCAAGCUUUCUUGCCAAUAUAAUGCUUCAGAGCAGGUUAAAGAAAUUCCCAUUGAUGUAUAUUCUGGGGGGGUGCCUGACAUUUUCAGUAACUAGUGAUGACAUUACCGUCUUACCUAAUGAAAACAGUUGCUAAGAUCAGUUAAAAUUUGCUGCUGUUAAAUGCUUCCUGUGAAUUUGAAGUGCCCCAGCUUUGCARAAUGCAAUCAUAUUACAUCCAGUUUUACCUAGCUUUUUAUCUGGCUUACAGGCCAGAUAUUUAUUCUCAGAAGUAUUAUAUAAGUCUUCUUUCCCAAUUUUAAUAUUUUGGCUCAGUCACAUAGAUUUCUGUGCCCUUCCUUUGACCCCAGCACAUCCAGACAUGGUAUUUCUAUAUGGGUAUCUGUAUGUUAGGAAAUUCUCCCCACAGCUGUGCAUAAGAGCAUUCCAUMCUUUGCAUCAGAUGUGUGUUGGCUUGGACCGAAACAUGUAGGCCUUUCUCACACGGUACUCUUUGUUAUUUUCUUUUUCUGUAACAGCAUUGUGAAUAUUUCGGAUGGAUUUUAUAUGCUUAUUAAAUGUGGUUGUUUCUUGGUUUUGAAAUAAAAAAAAUAUUAAAUA